AUGGCGAGAGCAACCUCUAUUCUACUUGGGACGCUCCUCCUCUUCGGAGCCAUAGCUCUGAUCCAGGCAAAGAAAGAUCUUCAGGAAAUCACUCACAAGGUUUACUUCGAUGUAGAGAUUGAUGGGAAAGAGGCUGGUAGAGUUGUUAUAGGCCUAUUUGGCAAGACAGUUCCAAAAACUGCAGAAAACUUCAGAGCUCUUUGCACUGGUGAGAAAGGUGUAGGGAAGAGUGGGAAGCCACUACACUACAAGGGAAGCAAAUUCCAUAGAAUCAUACCUAGCUUCAUGAUUCAGGGAGGUGACUUCACGCACGGCAACGGUAUGGGAGGAGAAUCAAUCUAUGGUCAGAAGUUCAAAGACGAGAACUUCGAGCUCAAGCACACUGGACCAGGUUAUCUUUCAAUGGCAAACUCUGGAGAAGACACAAACGGUUCGCAGUUUUUCAUCACGACGGUGACAACAAGCUGGUUAGAUGGAAGGCAUGUGGUGUUUGGGAAAGUGGUUCAAGGAAUGGAUGUUGUUUUCAAGGUUGAAGCUGAAGGAAAGCAAAAUGGUACUCCUAAGAGCAAAGUUGUUAUCAAAGACAGUGGAGAGCUUCCUCUCUAA